GAGACCAAACCAAUUCAGAGAACCUCAGUCUUUGGCGGGAAGGAGCUGGGCCCAGUUGCCCUGACUGUUGCCAGCAGUUUUGCCCACUCAAGGCUCCCAGCCCCAGAGAGCAGGCAUGCAUGGGGUGGAGCAGCCCCUGGAGGCCAGUGGAGUGCGGGUGGAGGCGGCACGAAGCCUAGGAGCCGCCCCAGGAAGAGGGAGCGGCCUGCCGGGAGCCAGGGAGUAGCUGGAGCAGGCAGCAGGAGCCAAGUUCCAGGCCAUGGGGACCCUGCAUCCUGAGCAGCACUGGCCCUCUUGGCCACUGAUAUGAGCCCCUGCGGGCUUAACCUGAGCCUAGCGGAUGAGGCAGCAACGUGCACAACACCCAGGCUCCCCAAUACAUCUGUGGUGCUGCCAACAGGCGAUAAUGGCACAUCACCAGCGCUGCCUAUCUUCUCCAUGACUCUGGGUGCUGUGUCCAACGUGCUGGCGCUGGCGCUGCUGGCCCAGGUUGCAGGCCGAAUGCGGCGGCGCCGCUCGGCUGCCACCUUCCUGUUGUUCGUCGCCAGCCUGCUUGCCAUCGACCUAGCAGGCCAUGUGAUCCCGGGCGCCCUGGUGCUUCGCCUAUAUACUGCGGGACGUGCGCCUGCUGGCGGGGCGUGUCAUUUCCUGGGUGGCUGCAUGGUCUUCUUCGGCCUGUGCCCACUUUUGCUUGGCUGUGGCAUGGCCGUAGAGCGCUGUGUGGGUGUCACGCAGCCACUGAUCCACGCGGCGCGCGUAUCUGUGGCCCGCGCACGCCUGGCACUAGCCGUGCUGGCUGCCAUGGCUUUGGCGGUGGCGCUGCUGCCACUGGUACACGUGGGUCGCUACGAGCUACAGUACCCUGGCACCUGGUGUUUUAUUAGCCUUGGGCCUCGUGGAGGUUGGCGCCAGGCGUUGCUUGCCGGCCUCUUCGCUGGCCUUGGCCUGGCCGCGCUCCUUGCGGCGUUAGUGUGCAAUACGCUCAGCGGCCUGGCGCUCCUCCGUGCCCGCUGGAGACGGCGUCGCUCUCGACGGUUCCGAGUGACCGCAGGUCCCGAUGAUCGCCGGCGCUGGGGAUCUCGUGGACCCCGCUUGGCCUCCGCCUCGUCUGCCUCAUCCAUCACUUCAGCCACAGCCACCCUCCGCAGCUCUCGGGGCGGCGGCUCCGCGCGCAGGGUUCACGCACACGAUGUGGAAAUGGUGGGCCAGCUCGUGGGCAUCAUGGUGGUGUCGUGCAUCUGCUGGAGCCCCCUGCUGGUGUUGGUGGUGUUGGCCAUCGGGGGCUGGAACUCUAACUCCCUGCAGCGGCCACUCUUUCUGGCUGUACGCCUCGCAUCGUGGAACCAGAUCCUGGACCCAUGGGUGUACAUCCUGCUGCGCCAGGCCAUGCUGCGCCAACUGCUUCGCCUCCUACCACUGAGGGUCAGUGCCAAGGGUGGUCCAACGGAGCUGGGCCUAACCAAGAGUGCCUGGGAGGCCAGUUCACUGCGUAGUUCCCGGCACAGUGGUUUCAGUCACCUCUGAAUGGGCCCAGAAGCUAAG